AUGGCAUCGAGCUCAAGAGCCGGCGGCAAAGCACCCUCGCGCUAUCUAGAAGAUGAUGACGCUGCUGCAAAAGAAUACAUUGCGUGGAUCUGGGAAACCACUGGGGUUCAUCCUAGCCGCCGCAGGCACAUUGAUCAAGACCAAUUCGACAACCCCCUUGCUCCCGAGCCCACCGUCGCGCAGCGAGCUACAUUUCUUCUUGGUCGAGUUGCCAACUACAUGGCAUACUUCUCUGGCACUUCAUAA